AACGACUGAUGAGGUCCCAAUGCCCACUUAUUUUCGCUUCCUUGCGCUGCUAGCCUUCAAAAUAUUUGCAGCAGAGCAGGUUGAUGUUGCUAUUUUGGAGGUUGGGUUAGGAGGCAAAUAUGAUGCAACAAAUGUGGUCGAGAAUCCUGUUGUUUGUGGCAUAGCGUCACUAGGGUAUGACCACAUGGAAAUUCUUGGAAAUACUCUUGGACAAAUUGCUGGAGAGAAGGCUGGAAUCUUCAAGCGAGGAAUUCCGGCCUUUACUGUUCCCCAGCCUGACGAAGCAAUGCUUGUGCUUGAAAAGAAAGCUUCUGAGUUGGAUGUACAUCUUGAGCUAGCUGCUCCACUUGAUGCCAGCGUGCUGAGUGGCUUACAUCUUGGGCUAGAGGGUGAGCACCAAUAUAUAAAUGCUGGUCUUGCCAUUGCAUUAUGCUGUACUUGGUUACAGAGAACUGGCCACGUUGAGAUUAAUUACCUAAAAGAGAUGACACAUCUACCUGAGCAAUUUGUUAAAGGGCUAGCAACAGCUGCUUUACAAGGCCGUGCUCAAAUUGUGCCGGACCAACUCAUAGAAAGUGAAAGCACAGGGGACCUUGUGUUCUACUUGGAUGGUGCCCAUAGUCCUGAAAGCAUGGAUGUAUGUGCCAAAUGGUUUUCACUGGCAAUCAAAGGAGAUUACAAGCAGCACAAAUCCUAUGCCAGUAAUCAUGGACAUAAUGAAUUGGGAACCUCACAUGAUUCAGUAGAGAUUAGCCAUCAUGAAGCAUCCAAGAAAAGUUCAACCCAAUUCUUACUCUUCAACUGUAUGUCAGUGCGGGAUCCUGAACUACUUCUUCCAAGGCUGAUGAAAGCGUGUGCUAGUCAUGGAGUCCACUUCCAGAAAGCACUCUUUGUACCUAAUGUUUCAGUAUAUUACAAGGUGGGUGCAAGUGCCUCAACAGCAACUGAUACUCAAGUUGAUCUCUCAUGGCAGUUGACUCUACAAAGAAUAUGGGAAAGCCUUGUUCGUGGGGAAAAAGGCAAGGAUGUGAAGAAUACAGACCAUGUACAUGAAGAAGUACCAGAUGAUUCGGAAAAAGGAGUUCAAAGUUGUGAGAACAGCAAAGUGUUUCCUUCACUCCCAGUAGCAAUAAAUUGGAUUAGGGACACUGUUCGUAAAAACCGAUCUGGUCGCUCCCAGGUUCUGGUGACGGGGUCAUUACAUCUCGUGGGUGAUGUUCUGAGAUUAGCCAAGAAGUAAGCUGCUACCAACGACUAUAUAUAGUCCUCGGUUUUUCCAAUUCGUUCUUGCUUGUGAUAUUCUGAUGAAGCACAGGAAAGACUCGAUAAAUUUGUUCUCUGUUUACGGCCCUGAAUCAACCUCUCAGUUAUACCUGCAGCUCCAGUUGAUCCCCAGCUCUCAUGCUCUUGGUCAGAAGUUGGAGAUUGAUUUUUCAUGUAUUAAUUGCAUUUUCAAUAGAUUCUUGUGGACUGGUCUUUCUCCGGAUCCCGUGCAUAGCAGAAACUUAGUGCAUGAGGCUGCUCUCACCCCCUUUUUAAUUGCAUUUUCAACUGUAUUUUUUUUUACUUCACCAAAACAUAUAGUAUGAUUCUUUUGAAAUGUGUUCAAUUAACAAUUGUCAUAUUUCUCUCAAAUGUAAGUGUUCUUUGCA